UAACGUAUUGCAGGAUGAAUCAGUGCCAAGAAACCGGUCAAACGGAGACCCAGGAGGAGCUGACGGAACUGGUGUGUCAGGAGGCUGAUCUCAAAGAUGGACAAAUGAAAGAAGUAACUGUGGGGGAUCAGAAGGUGCUGCUAGUCCGCAGCGAGGGUCAGUACAGCGCUGUUGGAGGCACGUGCUCUCAUUACGGUGCACCUCUGAUCAAGGGGACACUGGUUGGUGACAGAGUGAGAUGUCCUUUUCAUGGUGCGUGCUUCAAUGUCAGGAAUGGAGAUAUUGAGGAUUAUCCAGGUCUGGACAGUCUGCCCUGCUACAAGGUCAAAGUUGAAGACGGCAAGGUGUACGUUUCAAUCAACAAAAAAUCUCUGACCGUAACCAAACGGGUGAAAGAGAUGUGCAGUGUGGUGCCGGAUGUCAAACAUACUAUUCUGCUCAUAGGAGGAGGCCCCGCCUCUCUGGUCUGCGCUGAGACGCUUCGGCAAAAUUGCUACCAGGGUCGCAUCAUCAUCAUAACUAAAGACUCCGUGCCUCCGUUUGAUAAACCCAAACUGAGCAAGGCUCUGAAUGUGGAGAGCAGCAGCAUCCUUCUCCGGCCAGAUGACUUUUAUCAACGAUACGGGAUAGAGAUGUGGACGAGGAAAGAGGUGGUGUCAGUAAAUCCGGCCAAGAAGGAAGUGAAAAUGAGUGAUGGCACUCUGCAGCAUUACGACCAGCUCCUCAUCGCAACAGGCUGCAGGGCACGGCCGCUCACCUGUCCUGGUUCAGACCUGGAAGGAGUAAAGUUACUGCAGAGUUACGAAGACGCCAAAGACAUUUACAGCUCCAGCCUUGGCCAGAAAGUAGUUGUUACCGGAGCGUCUUUCAUAGGUAUGGAGGUGGCGUCCUACUUUUCAGACAAAGCUGCCAGUGUGGCUAUGGUUGGCACUACUCAAUACCCGUUUGAAUGCACUCUGGGGUCAGAGAUCGGCCAGCUGAGUAUGCAAAUGUUGGAAGAAAAAAAUGUGAAGUUCCACAUGAACGAUCGAGUCACCGAGAUCAGAGGAGAGAAUGGGAAGGUGAAGCAGGUGGUGUUGAAGAGUGGUGUAGUCCUGGAGGCUGAUGUUGUGAUUGCUGGCAUUGGUGUAAUCCCCAAUUCAGACUUAUUGGCAGGAAGCGAGGUGGAAGUGGAUUCAAGGAAAGCUGUGAUUGUUGACAAGUUCAUGAGGACCAACGUACCAGAUAUUUUUGCCGCUGGAGAUGUUACCUCUUUCCCUCUGACCAUUCGAGGUGACCAGAGGGUCAGCAUUGGUCACUGGCAAAUGUCACACGCUCACGGAAGAGUAGCGGCUCUGAACAUGCUGAAGAAAUCCACAAAAAUCGAGUCUGUUCCUUUCUUCUGGACUGUUUUGCUUGGGAAGAGUAUCCGAUACACCGGCUAUGGGGAAGGAUACACAGAAAUUAUAUUCAAAGGCAAAGUGGAAGAAAGGAAAUUUCUGGCUUUCUACAUAAAGGAUGAUGUGGUGGUGGCAGCGGCCAGCCUGAUGUUCGAUCCUGCCGUGGCUCGCAUCGCAGAGCUGAUGGCUAGAGGCCAAAUCUUAACAAAAGCACAGGCUCAAGCUGAAGACCUGAGCUGGCUGCAGAUAUAACCAGGAUUUACGCCUCUCAGCGAUGAGUGAUGUCAUCUCUUGCUUUGGUUUUCUCUCCUUCUGUCUGACAUGACAUCAAUUAAUCCACUUUCUGCCUCAGGCUGCCUGGAAACCAGCCAGCCUCUCUUAUCUGCUCUUAUUAAAGAGCCCUGUUACUAUAGUAGCAGUCACAGCUUUAUUGAAUUCUCUCUUUGUGCACACUGAUCUCUUUAAUUCGUUUUUUUUUUUUCUGGUUGCUUUACUAAAGGUGUGAUGUUUUAAGAAGGUACAGUCGGUAGUUAAGGUUAGCAAUGCAACAUUAAAUUGUGACAAGAAAAAUCCCCCACACAUCUACUCCACCAGCAGCCUGAAUCCCUGGGGCAAGACAUGAGGGAUCUGCGCUUUCAUGUUGUUUAUGCUAAAUUAGAUUCUGACCCAUCUAAACCUCGCAACAGAAAUCAUCAGACCAGGCAACAUUUUACAUUCUCCUGUCCAUUUUUGAUGAGCUGUGUAAACUGAAGCUUCAGUUUCCUUUUUUCAGCUGACAGGAGUGCCACCCAGUGUGGUCCUCUGCUGCUGUACCUCAUCUGCAUCAGGGUUUGCGAUACUGUGCUCCCAGAGAUGCUUUUCUAGAUAUCUUGAUUGUAACCAAUGGUUAUUUGUUACUGUUACCUUCAGCUUCAGAUUGAAGCUGUCUGGUCAUUCUCUUCCAACAUGAACGAGGCAUUUUUAUGCUGAGAACUCACUGGAUAUGUUCUCUUUUUUAGACCGUUCUCUGUAAACCCUCGAGAUUUCUAUGUGGGAAAAUCCCAGCAGAUCAGCAGCUUCUGAAAUACUCAGACCAGCCAGUUUGGCACCAACAAUCUCAUCACAUUCAAAGUCACAGCAGCUUUCCUUCACAUUCAGACACUCAGUUUGAACUUCAAGAGGCAACCAGCUGCUGUGAUGUGAUUGGAUGAUUCAAUAUUUGUACAGUUGAGCAGGUGUACCUAACAAAGUGGCCACUGAGUGCAUUUAGAUGUUUUUAUGAGCUGAAAAUGUUAAGACUUUAUCAACUUUCUCAGUUACUUAAAUGUCUUUUUCAUUUCAUACUAUACACUCAAAACUUCUUAGACACACACGUCACUACACUUCACAUGAGAAUACAUUUACAGCAUUUACAAAACACUUUAAAAUACUGCCCAUGAAAGAUAAAUAAGAUAAAAAGUUUGUUUUUGACCUCUUUUUUAUUUGUACUGUAGUGCCUUAAUACAUUAUACAACAGAGUUGUAGCUCAUGUAUUCCUUAUGAUAUGAGAAAGUGUGCGGCAUCUUUAAACAUGGUUUAGUUCCUUAAAAUAAAGAGAUCUCCUUUAUGGUGGUAAAAAUGUUAAACAUGUGCGACACUUUUCUGUUUCAACACCCCUGAAUGUUUACAUCAUUUCGUAUUUAACACUGUCAGCCUGUCUGCAGCUGCUUGUCAUGCAUCCACUUCAGUACCUGAAUGUUGCUGUUUAAAUCCCCUAUAAUGCAGUCGUUUUAUUAUGCUGUUGUAAAAUUCCAUAUCAAAUAUUAAACACGGGUUAUUAUGUCA